AUGUCAAGUAAACGUCGACAACCCGUUUCUGCUAAUAACCCGGAAACAAAAUCCCAUAGUACUCAUAAUAAUAUGUCUACACAUAAUCCCAUCAAUGGAAUAAAGCCUGGUGAAGCCGAUCCACUUAAAGUGAUCAAAGUAGUCGCUAGUGAUGGAAAAACAGGAGACGAUUUUGACUUAUCUUAUACUGUUACCAAAGUCAUUGGAAACGGUUCCUUCGGAGUAGUGUUUCAAGCGAAAUUAACUAAUACUGGUGAAGAUGCCGCAAUUAAAAAAGUACUUCAAGAUAAACGCUUUAAGAAUCGUGAACUUCAAAUAAUGAGAUUGGUAUCACAUCCUAAUAUAGUUGAUUUAAAGGCCUUUUUCUACUCUAGUGGAGAGAAGAAAGAAGAAGUUUAUCUAAAUCUUGUAUUAGAAUACGUUCCCGAAACAGUUUAUCGAGCUUCUCGAGUGUACGCUAAAAGCAAACAAACAAUGCCCGUGCUUUUUAUAAAACUUUAUAUGUACCAGUUAUUCAGGUCACUUGCCUAUAUCCACUCUCUCGGUAUUUGUCACCGUGAUAUUAAACCACAGAAUUUAUUAUUGAAUCCGUCCACAGGAGUUUUAAAAUUAUGUGACUUUGGUAGCGCCAAAAUCCUAGUUGCCGGUGAACCAAACGUAUCAUAUAUCUGUUCAAGAUAUUAUAGAGCACCAGAGUUGAUCUUUGGUGCAACGAAUUAUACAACGAAUAUUGGGUGCGUUAUGGCAGAAUUAAUGCUUGGACAACCUUUAUUCCCUGGAGAUAGUGGAAUUGAUCAAUUAGUAGAAAUUAUUAAAGUUUUAGGAACGCCUACACGUGAACAAAUAAAAACCAUGAAUCCAAAUUAUAUGGAACAUAAAUUCCCUCAAAUUAAACCUCAUCCAUUUUCAAAAGUUUUUCGAGCCAGAACACCACCGGAAGCAAUCGAUCUCAUAGAACGUCUUUUAGAAUAUACCCCUUCCAAUCGAUUAACGGCUAUUGAAGCAAUGUGUCAUCCAUUCUUUGAUGAACUUAGGAAUCCUGAAACGAGACUUCCUACAGGGAAAGAUUUACCAAAACUUUUCGAUUUUACUCGACAAGAGUUAUCUAUUCGACAUGAACUUAUUCCUAAACUUGUACCACGACACGCUGAAUCUGAACUUCGUUCAAGAGGAAUUGAUAUUCAUAAUAAUUUUAAACCAUUGUCACAAAAUCAAAUGCGUGCAACUUUGGAUUAA